AUCCAGACUGUAUGGUAUGUGGGCUGGUCACAAAAAUCCCCAUGUGGUCCGACAUCACUGACAUGGCGGAAUCCCCCUCCAAACCCUUCUGGUAGUUAUUCCGGCUCGCUCGCUCAGCCAGGCGGGGAUUUACCGGACCGCUCGCCUCCCUCUGGAAGCAACGCACGCACCAGGCCGGGUAUCUGAUCUCCUGCGCACCCCCGUUUCCAGUACAAGGAGGUCCGCCGAGGAAAAUUCUCCAUGAAUGUACGUCACAAUGAUGAUGACCGACCAAAUCCCACUGGAGUUGUCAUCAUUGCUGAAUACGGAGUUAGCCAUGAUGCCUCACUUAGUCAACGGAGAUGGAACGCAGCAGGUCAUUUUUGUGCAAGUCAAUCCAGGUGAAACUUUUACAAUAAGGGGUGAAGAUGGAACUCUUCAGUGCAUUCAAGGACCUGCAGAGGUUCCCAUGAUGUCACCCAAUGGAUCUAUUCCUCCUAUACAUGUGCCUCCAGGUUAUAUAUCACAGGUAAUAGAAGACAACACGGGUGUUCGCAGGGUGGUGGUCACACCUCAGUCUCCGGAGUGUUAUCCACCCAGCUAUCCCUCCGCCAUUUCUCCAACCCACCAUUUACCGCCGUACCUUACCCACCAUCCACAUUUCCUUCAUAACUCUCAUACGGCUUUCUACCCACCUGUUACUGGGCCUGGAGACAUGCCGCCCCAGUUUUUCCCUCAGCAUCAUCUGUCCCCCUAUGGAGAGCAAGAAAUUAUAUAUGGAAUGUCCAAUUACAUAAGGGAAGAUCAGUACAACAAACCACAGCACAAAAAAAUCAAAGACAGACAGAUCGAUCGCCAAAACCGUUUGAACAGCCCUCCUUCAUCCAUCUACAAGAGCCAUGUGGGAAACUGUACAACGGUGUACAAUGGUACCGUCAAGACUCAUAAUGGAGCCGCAAAUGGGGGUGGAAGCGGUGGAGGAGUUGGAGGUGGAGGAAUGCCUGCCUUGAAGAAACCAGAACGCCGAUCAAGGAGCAGCCCAAAAUCGAAUGAGCCGGAUUUGCAUGAAUGCGACACAGAAACAAAAAGGGUUCAAGACGUUCUUUCUGGAAUUGAGAAACCACAGGUUUCACAUAUUCAGGCAAGAACAGUUUUGCUGACUUGGUCUCCUCCAAAUGGCCUUUUAAGCGGAGACAGACACAGCAAUGGUUUGCCUUAUACCUGUACUUACGAAGUUGCCUUAUCAGACAAAGGGAGGGAUGGAAAGUACAAAAUGAUUUACAGCGGAGAAGAAUUGGAAUAUAAACUGAAAGACCUUCGGCCAGCCACGGAAUAUCACAUCAGGAUAUAUGCAGUGUACAAUUCAGUGAAAGGAUCUUGUUCAGAACCUGUAAGCUUCACCACUCACAGCUGUGCUCCGGAAUGCCCUUUCCCACCCAAACCUUCGCACAGGACCAAAAAUUCCCUGACUUUGCAGUGGAAGGCCCCUAUUGACAAUGGUUCAAAAAUCACCAGCUACCUUUUAGAGUGGGAUGAGGGGAAAAGAAGCAAUGUUUUCAGAGAAUGUUACUUUGGGAGCCAAAAACAUUACAAGGUGACUAAGCUCUGUCCAGCUGUGGGUUACACAUUCCGAUUAGCAGCUCAGAACGACAUAGGCAUUAGUGGCUUUAGCCAAGAAGUUGUAUGCUACACAUCAGGAAAUAUUCCUCAAACCCCUUCCGCUCCAAGGCUUGUACGUGCUGGAGUCACAUGGAUCACCCUGCAGUGGAAUAAAGCAGAAGGCUGCACACCAGAAGAAGUGAUUACAUACAUGCUGGAGGUUCAGGAGGAAGAUAAUGAUAGUGUGUUUCACCCAAAGUACACUGGAGAAGACCGGACCUGUACUGUGAAAAACCUUAAAAGAAGCACACAAUAUAAAUUCAGGCUAAUUGCCUCCAACGUAGAAGGGAAGAGUAGUCCUAGUGAUGUCUUGGUUUGUACAACAAGCCCCGACAGGCCAGGGCCUCCCACUAGACCUGUCGUUAAAGGGCCAAUCACAUCUCACGGCUUCAAUGUGAAAUGGGAGCCUCCUCAGGAUAAUGGUGGUUCAGAAAUCCUAAAUUAUCUGUUAGAGAUUUCAGAAGGAAGUUCUGAAGCAAAUCAAUGGGAAGUGGCGUACAGAGGAUCUGCUACAGAAUGUAUGUGUACAUACUUGAAACCAGGCACUUUGUAUAAGCUCCGGGCCUGCUGUAUUAGCACUGGGGGACACAGUCAGUGUUCUGAAAGUUUACUUGUUUGUACAUUAAGCGUUGCUCCGGGCCAGUGUCAAUCACCCAGAGUCCUUGGGAAGCCAAAGCAUAAAGAGGUGCAGCUGCAAUGGGAUGCUCCCCCUGUGUCAGAAAGUAGUUGUAACAUCUCAGCUUACAGUGUAGAAAUGACUGGGCCUGAAGAGACUGUUUUGGAGGUGUAUCAUGGUCCAGAUCUUGAGUGCACUGUCACCAAUCUCCUGCCUGGGACAACGUAUCACUUCAGAGUGAGGGCUUUGAAUGAUGGAGGGUAUGGGACUUACUCUGAAGCCACAACAACCACAACAACUGCUGGGCCUCCCAGGCAAUGUAGACCGCCUUGCCUUGCCUUCCUUUCUGACACAAGUGUACUUGUUAGCUGGGAGAGUCCUGAGAGCUUUGGUGCCGACAUCUCGGAAUACAGGUUGGAGUGGGGAGAAGAUGAGGAGUCUUUAGAACUGGUGUAUAGCGGCACAGGCAAUUCCUUCGAAAUCAGCCAAUUGUCGGCUGCAGCACACUAUUUCUGUAGACUACAGGCAAUAAACCAGGCAGGAGCAGGACCCUACAGUGACCUAGUCACCUGCAGAGCUCCAGCGUCUGUACCUGAUGCUGUAUCCACCCUCUAUGUGUCCAAUGAUGAGCACUUGGAUGCCUAUCCGAUAUCACCCUUUGUGUGCCUUGUAUUGAACUGGGAAGAACCGUGCAAUAAUGGGUCUGAGGUUAUUUCGUACAACGUUGACCUUGGCGAUGUUACCAUACCAGUGGGUAAUGUCACAAGCUAUGUUGUUAAUGACCUGCUUCCAGAAACCACAUUCCGGAUCAGGAUUCAGGCUGUCAAUGAAAUUGGAGCUGGACCUUUUAGCCACUUUAUUAAGGCAAAGACCAGGCCGUUGCCACCUUUACCUCCUCGGCUAGAGUGCACUGCAGCCGGUCCUCAAAGCCUGAAGCUGAAAUGGGGGGAAAGCAGCUCCAAACAGCAUGCGGCUGAUGACAUGGUGUACAUCUUGCAGUUAGAGGACAGGAACAAGAGGUUUAUUCCAAUCUAUAGGGGACCAAGUCACACCUACAAGGUACAACGGCUGAUGGAAUUUACCUGCUACACUUUCAGAAUACAAGCUGUAAAUGAUGCUGGGGAAGGACCUUUCUCAGAAGUGUUUACCUUCAGCACAACCAAAUCCAUUCCUCCUGUCAUCAAAGCUCCUCGGGUGAGACAGUUAGAAGGAAACGCCUGUGAAAUUGCAUGGGAAACAGUACCGCCUAUGAAGGGAGACCCAGUCAGUUACAUUUUACAGGUUCUGGUUGGAAGAGAGUCCGAGUAUAAACAGGUGUACAAGGGAGAUGAGACAGCAUUCCACAUCUCAGGCCUUCAAACUAACACAGACUACAGAUUCCGCGUGUGUGUUUGUCGCCGGUGCUUGGAUACCUCACAAGAACUUAAUGGACCUUUCAGCCCAUCUGUUGCCUUUAUGCUCCAGCGCAGUGAGCUCAUGCUUACAGGGGAAAUGGGAAGGAUAGAUGACCCUAAGACAAAGAGUAUGAUGCCUUCUGACGAACAGUUCGCAGCCCUCCUUGUCCUCGGCUUUGCAACUGUCUCCAUCUUAUUUGCCUUUAUACUACAGUAUUUGUUUAUGAAGUAACGCGUCCGACACAAGCAUUUGAGGUGUCAUUCUAACUAAUGCUACGCAUUAUAAUCCACAUGUUUUAUUCAGAUAUUCCUCUUUAUUUUCUUUUUCAGUGGUGUUUUCCAAUACAUUUUAUACAGUUUUCCUGGAUCAUUGGGGGCAGGGGGGCGGGGGGAGGAGUCCUAAUUAGGAAAUAAAUAUUGGUGUUUGGCUGCACCUUUUUGAAAUUCAAGGCUAGGAAGUGGUCAGAAAUAUCCAAGCCAGAUACCAAAAGCAAUUAACUUGCUUUUUUUUUCUUUUUCUUUAAAAAUAAAUUUAUUCAGUAUUUCUUAGUUUUCUUUACAGGAUUCAAAAAUAUAACCAAUUUGCCUUCACAUUUUAUUUUAUUUUUUGCUAAAAUCAUUCAGCCUUUAAGUUGCAAGUUUAUUACAUUAGAGUAAUUGCUUUUGGCUGUUCUGCAAAGCUUAUCCACCAGUAUGUAAUAGAGUUGCAGCUAGAAUGUAGUGUUUGUCAACUCACAGUGUUGGACGAACAAUAGUUAUCACAUUUGCAUAUGAUCAUAUUCACUACAUUUCUCUUUCCCCCACCGCUUCCCUGUUGUUGUUUUCUCGGUGGUAAGAACUUUAAGCUCAGCUACAUAAUCAAUUAUAUAUUUAGCACAUUUCAAUCCAAAUAAUUUAUCCUGCAACCUGAAGUCCUUUUUUAAUAAUAAUAAUCUCUUUAUUCCAGCUGUUUGCGCACUAUGAACUGCCUGUAUAACAAAUCCGAUAACCAGAUAGCUUUAUAAAUGACAAAGCAUUACAGUUCCUACCAUUUUCUUUAUUUUAUAGCAGUGAUUUUAAGAGGGCAUUGUGCAAUAGUUACUCCCAUGUCCAGCUGUUUGUUUUUAAAAAAGCUGCUUUUAACUUGUUUGCCUUUGUAUAUAAACUUACUCUUAAUCCAAUCACUAGAUUUGUUAUAUUCAUCUUGAUUUAUAUGUUUAGAACUGGCGAAAGCUUGCUGCCUUUGCUAUUUAUAUUAAGUAUUAUCUUUUGACGUAAGUAAUCUUUCAAUCAGCCACUUAAGGAGAAGAAAGAAGCCCACCUGUAUUUCCUCCUUGGAAAAAAACAGGAUGAGUUCAUUAGAGGCAUCGUACAGGCUAAAUGUUGCAGAGCAUGUCUGGAUGCUGCUGAAAACAGCACCGUCUCCUACAUCUCCUCCUCUUCCUCUCCCCUCACCCUGUAACAUCUACAUCCCAAAAGCACGUGAUAAUAACACCAAUGCAUUCCAAGGCUUUCUCUAGUGUGCCUCAGUUUCAGUGGCUGUUGUUAAGAGGGCUGGAAGGGUAUUGCAGUGCAUUAACAUCACAUUAUGUAUGAUGUAACAGUAGACAUUACCAAGGAAGAGGAGGAGACCCAGGGCUGCUGGAUUCAAUGGCAGCCAUGUGUGCUCCAAAACAUCUGGCUCCAGCCUUAAACCUAGUGUUCUCGUCACAGUCUAUCUGAUCCAUUGCAAAAGCCAGCGUUGUUUCCACUUCGGAACAUUGUGUCUUCAGUGGCCCAAACAUGUAUAUGAAUCCAAUCCAUCAAAAUCACUGAUCAUUCUUUUGCGUGUGUGCGCGCGUGUGUGUGUGUGUUUAAAAAACAACAACUUUGAGUCAUUGGAUUAUUUAUAUGAUGUCAAUGAUGUUCAAGUGCCUCAGGGAUAUCGUUGAGCAGGAGGUGCAAGUAAAUUCCAAAAUGGUGCAACAGACACAGGGUGCAAUCCACGAGGAACCUCUCCUGUGCAUGCUGUAUUCCAGUGAACUGCAGAAGCGUCCCUGCAAAAGUCGGGUUCACGUCCAUCGAGACUACGCAGGGGGAAAAACGUUGUUGUGUAAUUCUUGAUCUAGCAGUGCAUGUGCUGGAGAAGUUUUGGUGAACUGUGCCUCACACUUUGUAUAUCCCUCUUUUCUUUCCUUUUUUAAGUUUUGUAUAAUUUCUUGCUAUUUUUUUUUGGUUCUGCUUGCGUCAUAGGUCUUUUGUCCUCUGUGUUUGCUAUGAUACAGUGUCCUGUACGCUAGCAUAUAUUCCCAUAACCAAAGUAAUGGGGAAACCAACAUUAUUUUUGUUUUAGGUUUAUUUAUACUAUAUACUGCAUACAGUACUUUAAAUGCCAAUUACAGUGCAAUCUUUAUUAUUUAUUGUAAAAUUAAAAAUUAAAAAAUAAAAAGUAAAAAGUGUACUUAUGUACUAAAUCUCCUCCCUCCCUUGUAGCAUGUUAUAAUUCUCUUUUUGUUUUGUUUUAUACAAGUGUAAUUUAGGCAAAACAUUUUUACCCGCCCGCCCCCACCCCAUCCAGCAGCAUUCCUAGCGUUAUUAAUCUUCUUACAGUUUCUUGUAUGUUUAAAAUGGGAGUGUCUUAGUAUAUCAAUUGCCAAAAAGAAAAGAAAAAGUAGAAGGAGUCUACCUGACAUUGGGCAUAAUAAGCCAAGCAUUUGUGCUGUGCGACGGCCGUUCAGUCUGUGGGGUUUGUCUAGUGACAGAGCUUGUCAGCUUGCGCUGUUGACCGAAAAGUUUACAUGUAGCCAAAAAAUCAUGACCAUCUCUUGGAAGAAUAUUCUGAGACUGAUGAAUUAUUCUGUGUGCCUCUCUAGAUGUAGCAAACUAGUACAAAGGUUCUGUAUUUUGUUAUUGACUGUUGUUAGUUUAUAAAUUCGCCUAGCAAACUAAUGGCAUUGAGCUAACUUACUUCUCUCUCUCUCUCUCUCUUUCUGCCCCCACUUUGGCCAAAGUCCUGCCUUGUCAAAUAUUUCUAAUAGUAUUGCGGUGUUGUUAUUUCAAAUUAAAAUGAAUUUCUUCUAUAGAAAUUGGGUGACCAAACAUAAAAGUACUAGAAUGAUUCUUUUGGAAGAAGAAUAUCGCCUUUAAAAACCAUCAAGAGCCCCAUUUAGUAAAAGUUAGUUGUGCUUAAACCUCAUUGAAAUGAAUGAGAAAAGUUAGUCAUGGAUAACUGGAGUCCUCUUGGUUCUAAUGGAUCUUCAGGACAACUAACUUUUGAUGGAUCUGGGAUAAUAAGUUUUGAAAGUUGAUCACUGGGAAAGCCACAAGUUCAUAGAGAUUCCUCCCCCACCCCCAAAAUAAAAUAAAUAAAAAUGAUCUGCUCUGAUAACUCCUGGACAGCAAAAAUCCUUUUAACUGAACAGGAAAUGAUGUACUGUAAAUGUUGUAAGGUGCUCCAUAAAUUCUGAUUUAUACCUUUCAGGUGAGAUCCAGACUACGUUAGUCAUGCUUUGGUCCUAUUGAAAUAAAUGGGAUUUAAGUUGAGCUUGACCUACUGGUCCCAUUUAUUUCGGUGGGUCUAAAGCAUCGCUGAUGGGCAAUCCUAUAGCAACAAGGGGAGAGAAACCUACAGCAGAGCUGUCACUAUUUCCUGAGCCCUGCUGGUUCAGGUUGGGAGGUGGGUAGCAGCCUUCCCCCCUUGUUUACCCAUCCCUGUCUGCAGUGGGAGCGAAUUAACUGCUCUGGCUUUCAGAAAGGAAGGGAACCUAGCAUACUGCAAAUCCUUAGCUUCCCCCAAUGACCCUUCCCCUGAACUACCCUAUUUUUGGCAGUUGGCUCGAGUGGGGCAGCCAUGACAGUAGGGAGCUCCACCACUGUCCAAGGAAAGACCUCCAG